AGCACCUCUGAGCUACCCCACAGCAGUCAUGAAGGCCUACAUCUACGACGACAUCGAGGGCGACCAGCGCCUGCCUCACGACUCGGGCGAGGAGGUCACCUUUGACCAGCUCAAGGCCAUCGGCGCCCUCCCCUACCCGGCCAUCGAGCUCGACCAGGUCGAGGCCAUUGCAAAGGACCGCGGCUACAAGAACCGCGACGAGAUCAACGUGAGCAAGGCGGGCAUGGGCGACAUCUACGAGGAGAAGAUCAAGGGCUUCUUCCGGGAACACCUGCACGAGGACGAGGAGAUCCGGUACAUCAAGGACGGCCGCGGCUACUUUGACCUGCGAGAGAAGGGCGACAAGCGCUGGAUCCGGGUCGCCGUCGAGCCCAAGGACCUCCUCAUCGUGCCUGCCGGCGUCUAUCACCGCUUUACGCUCGACGAGGGCAACUUUAUCCACGCCAUGCGCCUCUUCCAGGACGAGCCCAAGUGGGUGCCGCACGACAGGAGCGAGUCGACCGACUCGAACCCGUUCCGGCAGAAGUACCUCGAGCAGAUCAAGGCCUAGCGGCGCCUGCGCCUCUCUCGACUGAAACGACGUACGUGUACAUGCU